UAAGUGGCAGAAUGCCCCAUUGUCAGUGGAGGGGCAUGCCCUAUAAACCACGCAGAUAAGCGGUCUUUUUCAGAUACACCACACCACUGGACGGAGCUGGUACAACUAGUGGAGCUCUCCAAUUACGGACCCAUCACCAUGGCUUCUACCACAUGCUCUUGGAUUGCCUUCAUUUUCUUAUCUGUGUCUACUAAUUUCAUUGGAGUACAGUGUCGCGCGGUGCAGGAGAUACUGUCAAAGUCCUCCGAUUUUCAGGAUGGUCCCAAUACUUUACCUACAGAUAUCUUGAGACGAUGGCGACGGGAGAGCGAUGAGACGCAGCGGCAACAUUGCGCAGUGUUGUCAGCGCCUUGGAUGGAAACCAGCGCGUACCCGAUGGAAUUGGCACUGCUACAUCGUCUCCGGGUGCGUUCAAUGGCCCAAGGAGGUUUACGGCGCACAGUCUUUCCUGAGCAACCACUAUUCCAUUUUGUCAGACGCGUCUAUCAUUGCUGUCAGUUAGGUUUUCAUUGCAGAGGCGUCAAAGGGAUUCAGGGUAGUAUCAGUGGAGAUACAGAUGUGGAGUUCCUUCUCAGUCAGGAUGUUCUGUCAGUGACAGUCAUGAGAGCUGAGAUUCAUCUCUAUGUGUUGAAUCCUCAACACCUGAACAUAGAGCCUGUUCUUCCAUACAUGGCAAAACGCAAGCUUCCCACACGUUUUGGGUCAAAGGAGAAUGUCCUGGAGCUUCGAGUGGAUCUGCUGUUCCUAUUCCAAGGUCUUCAGGAGGCAGCUGGUGGUGUCAGAGGGGAGCCAAGUCUGGUUGACAUGCGGAAAGUGGGGGAGCUUUCAAGCGGGGGUCCACGAGAAAGGCCAGGAGCUCCAUGGUCUCUGCAGGACACCAAUGCUGAUCUGUUGGGGGAGGGGGUGGGCCCCCUGCUGACGGCCAUGGAGCUGGGCCUGGCCCUGAAUUGUGACAGGGGGGGAGUGGAGGUGUCUUGUGAGCACAAUGGAGUCCACCUAUUACACUCUCCAUUCAUUGCUCUCUCCUACAGAUAAAGAUGACACAAACCAGUAUUGUACACUAUCACAUUUUACCUUGAGUUGCACCAUAACCCCAUCUCCAUGUUGUCUCUAAUGUCCUCAAGUCUAUGAAGCUGCAUUUAUCUCUCGGUGGGCAACAUGUCAACUUUUAUUGUUGAUAUGUGAAGGAAGUGGAUCUGAUGUCUUAACUACAUAACUUUUGCAAUAACCCUUUAAAAAAUAAAACAUUGUCUUUAAUGUUGUGAUGCAAAAUAUUUUUUUUAUAUACAUAAUACCCCAACGUGUAUGUGGUUCUGUGCACUUCAGAAAAUGCUUGAAUAUAUUAACUUAUCAGUGUUGUGUUUUGUCAGAAAGAAAUACAUUUGUAAAGAUGUAAAUAGUGUAUAUUAUCACAUAUGUUUAUUGGAAAAUAGUUUUUGAUUUUCCUUUAUUGAAACUCAAUUUAUUAAAUUUGUGAAACUAUG